AUGAAUAUAAUUCAAUAUGAAACAUGUUUGCUUGCUAAAUUCAAUCCAGAAAUAAUUCAAACAAAAGUUGAAGGUCGAAAAGUAAUUGUCGAAGCUAAACAAGAAGAACGUCAACCUGAUGACGAUUACAAUAUUCAAGAAUUACGAAAAUCAUAUGCAUUACCUGAACAUGCUUAUCCAAAUCAUUUAGCAUCAUAUGUAACACCAAAUAAGAUAUUAGUUAUUGAGGUUCCAAUUCAUAAUCCUGAAGUAGAACGUCGAGUUGCUCAAGCAAAGAAUGAAAAUCAAAAUCUAAAUUUUCAACCACAAAUUGUUGAUAAAGGUGAUAAUAAAAAACAACUUGAAAUGUCUAUUGAAAUGAAAAACUGUAAACCAGAAGAAAUCAAAGUAUCAACAAAGAAUAAUGAAUUAAUUAUCAAAGGUGAACGUCGACAUAAAGAUGAUAAUAGUUGUGAACGAUCAUUCUAUUUCAAACCAACAACAUUACCACCAGGUACACAAGUUGAACAACUUCAAUCACAUUUAACUGAUGAUGGUCAAUUGAAAAUAGAAGCACCAUAUGUUGAACAACAACAAGAAGCUACAAAAUCUGGUGAACCAAAGGAAGCUACUACAAAACUUGUUGAAGAACAGAAAAAAUAA